AUGUAUUUCUCCAAGAACAAAGUGACAUCAAUAAUACCAUCAAGAAUCAGAUCUGAUACAACUGAUCAAAUUAUAUCAGACCAAAAUGAAUCACGUUCGAGUUCUGUUCAUAGAGGAUCGUCACAUCAUAUUGUUAAUGUUUUGACAGAUAGACAGACGACAAUCACUAGAAAAGUCAACUGUUGUCGACGAUGUUGUACAAAAAAAAAUCUAAAAGAACAAGCUUUAUUAAUAGCAACAAUUGCUGCUGUUAUACUUGGUAUUAUUAUCGGAGUUGCUCUUCGAAGUCUUAAAUGUUCUACAGACGAUCGCAUUGAUGGAUGUCGUAUUACCAAAGAAGAUAUAAUUCACAUCGAUUUUCCCGGCCAAAUCUUUGUCAAUAUACUUAAAAUGCUUAUACUUCCAUUAAUUGUUUCAAGUAUUAUUUCAUCAUUAGCUCAACUUGAUGCACAAUCUGCAGGAAAAAUGGGUGUUCGAGCAAUUAUAUAUUAUUUAGCAACAACAUUGAUUGCAGCUAUUGUUGGUAUUAUUCUUGUUUUAACUAUACGACCGGGAUUACGUGUUGGUACAGUACAAAUUAAACCUGAUUCGAAAGCAGCUGAAGGUCGAACAGUUGAUACAGUAUUAGAUUUAUUCAGAAAUCUAUUUCCUGAUAAUAUUAUGGAAGCCGCAUUUCGUUCAUUUGCUACUGAUCUUAAAGUUAAUAGAACAGUAAUUGCUGGUCCUAAUGGAACAAGUUAUAACAAAACUAUUUACAAGGCAACAGUAGUCAAACGUGAUAAUAUUAAUGUACUUGGUUUACUUCUUUUUUGUAUAGUAUUCGGUAUACUUAUUAGUCGUUUAAAACAAAAAGCAAUUAUAUUAAAACAUUUUUUUGAAGCAAUGCUUGAAGUUGUUAUGCAACUUGUACGUAUUGCUAUGUUAUAUAGUCCUAUUGGUAUUUUUUUCCUUAUUGUUGCAAAAAUACUUGACAUGGAUGAUCUUCGAGAUUUUCUUGGUUCAUUAGGUCUUUAUAUGGCGACAGUUUUAGUUGGUUUAUUUAUACAUGGUUUUAUUAUUUUACCUCUAAUUCUUUUUAUUAUUACACGUAUAAACAGUUUUAAAUAUAUACGUGGAAUGAGUCAAGCAUUAGUAACAGCUUUUGGAACGGCUAGUUCAUCAGCAACAUUACCUGUAACGUUUCGAUGUGUUGAAGAAAAAAAUCAUAUUGAUCCAAGAAUUUCACGUUUUGUCUUACCUGUUGGAGCAACAGUAAAUAUGGAUGGAACAGCAUUAUAUGAAGCAGUAGCAGCUAUUUAUAUUGCUCAACUUAGGGGAAUUCCAUUAGAUGCUGUGAAAAUUAUUGUAACGAGUUUGACAGCAACGUUAGCAUCGAUUGGUGCUGCAAGUAUACCCCAAGCUGGUCUUGUUACUAUGGUUAUUGUUCUCAAUGCACUUGGCUUACCAGCUGAAGACGUUAGAAUUAUCUAUGCUGUUGAUUGGCUUCUCGACCGAUUUCGUACUGCAAUCAAUGUAUUUGGUGAUUCGAUUGGUUGUGCUGUUGUACAACAUUUAUCACGUAAAGAACUUAAUGCACCUGUAAAUCAAGAAACUACAACUGCAGUUGCUAAUAUAAAUGAUCCAGAUACUGUUCGACGAAUGUUACUAUCUGCAAAUACAGAACAUGAUACAGGGACACCUAAUGGCACUGUUAUAUACCCACCAAAUAAUUUACUAUCUACUACUCAUGAUAAUCCAGCGUUUACAAAUUCAUCAGAAAUAAAUAAUGAUGAUCAAGCUAAUAAUAUAUAUAAGACAAAUUUCUAG